UCGCUCCCGUCACUCACAGCUGUUCUAGAAAGCUUGCCGCAGAACGGCAGAAGCGUCCCGUGCGUUUCUGAAACGAUAACAAUACUUUGGCGCGACCUUCGUCGCGCAUAACGGUAGUCGCCCGCUGUAUCGCCGAUUGCAUCGCGAGAUAAAUGCGGAAUUCGCGCUGGUCCUCACGGCCUUUUCAUUCUUCCUCGCUGCAGUCUUCUCUCGGCUACCACGAUGUGCCUGCUGUUCGUCUACACUAAUCCCGACCCGGACGAUGACGAAUUCAGCUUGGUGCUGGUUAACGUCAGAGACGAGUUCUUCCAUCGCCCCACGAAGCCAGCCUCUUUCUGGGAGGACGAUCCUAAUAUUGUCGGAGGCCAAGAUCAGGAGAAAGGCCGUGAAGGGGGCACGUGGAUGGCUAUGUCCAAGAGUGGCCGCAUCGCUGCGCUGCUCAACAUUCUCCAGCCAGCCCAUUGCAUGGAUCCAACAAAGCGCGGCCGAGGUUUCCUGGUGGUGGAUUUCAUAAAAUCUGCAGUGGAUGGGAACAUGUACCUGACCAAACUGAUGAAGGAGAAGGACGAGUUCAACGGAUUUCUCUUCGUUGCUAUUGAAGCCAAGCCUCUUCAGAAGAAGAUUUCCAUGAGUUACUACAGCAACCUCCAGGAGGGCAGACCGGUGCAAACAGAGCCUGGCUUCUAUGCAUUUGGCAACAGCGUACCUCCGCAGUUCUGGGCCAAAGUCAAAUAUGGCAAACAGAAGUUUGAGGAGCUCAUCAGGCAGAACAACCGGUUCUCCCAAAAGGAUAAACUUCUGAAGAAGAUAUACGAUUUCCUGGACGACCCAACGUCCUACCCGGUGGAUGACGCCAUGCGAAAGCAGUCACAAGAGCCCGAGUCAAACCUGAGGCUGAUGAACCAGAUGAAAUACGUCUUGCCCAGCAUCAACUAUGGCACAAGGACACACACUGUUCUUUUUGUGAACGGUGCUGGCAAGGCCGAGUUUAUUGAGAAGACUAUGAAGGAGCCCAUCGACAUCAGGUCCAAAGUCGUGUGGGAGACAAGGACCUUCACCUUUGACAUUGCAUGAUUUGUGAAUAUUUGUUAGACACAAAAUUUGGUCAUAAUUUUUUUUUCUCUUGGAUGUGUUCCAGUGUACGUAGUCGUACUUAUCGUAUUUUACUCUUUUCGGUGAAAUUGCACGCCCCUUUUUUAGAUAUUGCUGAAUACUCGGAGUAUAUAAUAUAGGAUGUACUAUAUGUGAAACUCGGAGCCUGUGUUUAUACAAAUCUUUACUGUUAUGCUGGCGAUUAAAGAUUUUAUAAAUGCGUGUUUUUGAACCAGAAAUGGUCAUGCCUUUAUUUUUUUCACGAGCUGUUUUAACAGCGGAGCUGUUAAAGCCGAUUAGUCCGUGCAGAGCGAACAGAAAAUGUGGGCCGAUCCUGACGGUAGUGCAGAAAGGGUCCAAGCGCAAUGGCACAUAGCCUUGUCAACUAGCGAAGGUGUUUAAUCUCGAGGAUGAUGUCAAAAUUUGGUCAUAAUUUUUUUUUCUCUUGGAUGUGUUCCAGUGUACGUAGUCGUACUUAUCGUAUUUUACUCUUUUCGGUGAAAUUGCACGCCUUUUUUUUAGAUAUUGCUGAAUACUCGGAGUAUAUAAUAUAGGAUGUACUAUAUGUGCAACUCGGAGCCUGUGUUUAUACAAAUCUUUACUGUUAUGCUGGCGAUUAAAGAUUUUAUAAAUGUG